AAGCAGGAAGCUGCAAGCAGUGGAAAAGUUUCUUUUCUUAAUUUUCUGCAGGCUUGGUCACUAAGACAGAAGCCAGCCUUCGUAGAGACUCUUCACACAGGUUUACCUCCUGUUCAUUAAUUUCCUGUGUCCUAUGAGACAGAGUAAACGAGAGCUUUGUGUGUUUAAAGAGGCUUUUCCACUCGACUGAAGUAUGGCCAUGAGAACCCGUUUGACAUGGGAGCAAGAAAAGUGCCUGCAGAAUUACUUUGAAGGAAAACGGUUUUGUCUUCUUUACAAGGCGAGUGUGCAGAAGUUUUCUCAGCAGAAUUUGCUUCGGAAAUGUCAGGAUCAAGGUCCUACCAUGAUAGUGGUUUAUAGUGGAAAGUGUGUUGUUGGCAUGUACCUGCAUGAAGGCUUCCAGGAAAAAGAAGUUUCUAUCACCCUUUUUGCACUCCAAGAGACCGGAUUGUCACGAUUAGCAAAAAUCCCAGUUUUGCCAAAUUCAUUGUUCUGUUAUAGAAACAGUUCUGAUUUCUUUAUACUCUUAGAGGAGAAAACUGUGACCAUAGAUUCAGCAAUCCGUAAAAAGCUCCGACUGCCUUCUAGCCAUGAUGUCUCAUCUAUUCAGGAGUGUGAAGCUUUUCGAUGUGAUGAGUUAUUGGAUGAAAGAACGACAACAGGAAUUGCUGUGUUACACAGUAAUUUACUGCAUGCCCUGAGAAACUACAAGCCAUACGGAGACCUGAUUCACCAAACACGAAUUCUGCUGCUGGGUCCUAUUGGAGCUGGGAAGUCUAGCUUUGUUAACUCUGUCAAGUCUGUGUUCAGGGGCAGCAUCACACACCAGGCCUUGGUGGGCUGUGACGAAAAUGGAAUAUCUGACAAGUACAGGACGUAUUCCAUCAUGUCCAAGGAUGACAGUGGCCCCCUGCCAUUUGUUCUUUGUGACUCACUGGGGCUGGAUGAGGAUGCAGGCUUGCACACAGAUGAUGUACGUCACAUCUUAAACGGCCACACACCUGACAGAUAUCAGUUCGAUACCAUGAAACCAAUCACAUCAAACCAUCCGAAAUAUAUCCAUGACCCAGUGCUGAAGGACAGAAUUCAUUGUGUGGUGUUUGUGUUUGAUAUUAAUUCUUUUGAACUGCUCUCUUGUGAGCUGGUGGCAAAGAUCAAGCAAAUUCGAAGAGACCUGAUAAAACAUGGUAUUCUGCAUUUGGCUUUGCUUACACACGUGGAUAGCCUGGAUUGGAUUACAAAAGGAGACCUGAUAGAUAUAUACAACUGCAGUCCUGUGAAGUCCAAGAUUCGGUGUACGUGGUCUUCAACUGAUGAACAAAACUCAGUUUGGAGUUGUUCUGUGCAGAGUGGUAAAUAUGGAUCUAUUUUUUUAUUCUUCUACAUGCAGCCACCUGGUUUGAUCAGUCCCACUUGUUGAAGAUGCUGUCUUUUUUUUCUCAGUGUGCAUUUCUGACUUCUUUAGGAAUAACCAGCUGUCCAUAGCUGUGUGGAUUUAUGUCUAGGUCUUCAGUGUGAUCCCACGGAUCGAUGUGUCUGUUUUUAUGCCAAUACCAUGCUGAUUCUGUUACUGUAGCCUGGUAAUACAACUUCAGAUCUGGGAUGGUGCUAUCUGUAUCUCCUAUUUUUCAGCAUUGUUUUUGUGAUCUUGUUUUGCUUUUUUAGGUGUGUGUACUUCCACAUGAGGUUAGAUAUGCUUUCCAAUUUCUGUGAACAGUUAUUUUGGAAUUUUGCUGGGGACUGCAUUGAAUUUGCAGUUUGGUUUUGGUGUGAUGGCCAUUAUCACACUAUCAGUCAGAGCAUGUUAUUUGUUUUUAAUUCAUGCUGAAUAUAUUAAUGCAUUUUAAAUAAAAUCAGUGAUAUUGGAACUUGGUAUAAAAUUCUUCAAGAAAAUAUUGCAGAGGAUCUGACCUUUGAUUUUUAAAAAUAUAGAAAAAUGAUCUCCAAUCUCUUAGUUUUUAUUACUUCUCAUGCUUUAUAUUGGCAUUAGAAUUUUUAUUGUGUUGAGACAACUGAGAGGUUGUGUGUACGUGUCUGUAUUGGGGUGCAUGUGUGUUCACACUCCUAUGUGUAUAAUUGCAUAUGUGUAAGGAAACCCCAAUUCAAUGUUAGGUGUCUUCUCAAUUGAUCUCUAUCUCACUUUUUGAGACAAAGUCUCUCACCAAACUUGGAACAUAUUUACCUGGCUGGAGUGGUAGAUCGGUUAGCCCCUGGGCCCUUCUGUCUCUUCCUUAACACCAAUAUGUUUAAUCUGUGUUGUCACUGUCUGUCAAACUCUGGUCCUCAGUUUGACACAGCUCUGGGUUUCCAAUUUUGUA